CGGCCGCAGGUCCCCUUCCCGAGCGGAGGGAGGAGAGACCGCGGGGAGCUGGGCCCGCCAGGCGACAGGGGCGGAGCGCUGGGCGGUGUGGAUGGAGGGGCUGUGCCACCUCCGCCUCCUGCCCUGACCCCGACUCCUGCCCUGACCCCGACUCCUGCGACAUGGGAAAGUCUUUUUCCCAUUUGCCUUUGCAUUCAAAUAAAGAAGAUGCUUACGGUGGAGUCGCAUCAACUGAAAACAUGAGGAAUGGAUUGGUUAGUAAUGAAGUCCAUAAUGAAGAUGGAAGAAGUGGAGAUGUCUCUCAGUUUCCGUAUGUGGAAUUUACAGGAAGAGAUAGUGUCACCUGCCCCACUUGUCAAGGAACAGGAAGAAUUCCUAGGGGGCAAGAAAACCAGCUGGUGGCAUUGAUUCCAUAUAGUGAUCAGAGAUUAAGGCCAAGAAGAACAAAACUGUAUGUGAUGGCUUCUGUGUUUGUCUGUCUGCUGAUUUCUGGAUUGGCUGUGUUUUUCCUUUUCCCUCGCUCUAUCGACGUGAAAUACAUUGGUGUCAAAUCAGCAUACGUCGGUUAUGAUGAUGAAAAGCGUACAAUAUAUUUAAAUAUCACAAACACACUAAAUAUAACAAACAAUAACUAUUAUGCUGUUGAAGUUGAAAACAUCACUGCACAAGUUCAGUUUUCAAAAACAGUUAUUGGAAAGUCACGUUUAAACAACAUAACAAACAUUGGUCCACUGGAUAUGAGACAGAUUGAUUACACAGUACCUACUAUCAUAGCAGAGGAAAUGAGUUACAUGUAUGACUUCUGUACACUGCCAUCCAUCAAAGUGCAUAACAUAGUUCUCAUGAUGCAAGUCACUGUGACAACAACAUACUUUGGACACUCUGAACAGAUAUCCCAGGAGAGGUACCAGUACGUCGACUGUGGAAGGAACACGACUUACCAGCUGGGGCAGUCUGAGUACCUGAAUGUCCUUCAGCCACAACAGUGAAAGCUGGACGAGAUGCUGCUAGAGAAGAAGAAACAGUAUUGAUUUUUUUUUUUUAAUCCUCACCUGAGGAUAUUUUUCUAUUGAUUUUUAGAAAGAGUCGGAGGGGGAGAGACACAGAGAAACAUCCAUGUUUAGAGAGACAUGGGGUCGGGGAUUGAGCCUGCAACUGAGGUAUGUGCCCUUGACCGACACUUCGUCUACUGAGCCAAACUGGCCAGGGCCCUAUUGAUAUCUUUUAAACUCUGAAGGAUGAGGGACUUACUUUGAUAGGGGAUCAUACAUUGAACAACCUAAAUUUUACACUACUCUGUAUUUACACUAUUCUAUACAGCUAAAAGUAUGUGGACUUGCAAGUCUCUGCAGCUCUCUACUCCCAAGUACAUGAUAUUGGUACCAGGAUCUUUACUUAAAUCUAAGGUUAUUGAUUGGUUUUCUUCUCCCCCCACCCCUUCACCCCCACUCCCCAAAGGUGGAAACUGAGACACCCUACAGUAAAAUAAAUAUUUAAGGUUCAUAGCUCCAAUCACUACUGAAAACAUAAGUUUGGUGAUUAACAUAAUUCAAGAAACUUUAUUUCUGAAAGUUUUUAUAGACUUAUUACUGGUAGCUUAUUCUUUAUGAAAGACUUUUAAGGAAUAACCUUUUUUCCUGUUUUCUAAUUCCCAUUGCUACAAGGAAGUAUUUCAUCUAUAUGAUAUCGUAUUUCAUUACUUUUAGCUAAACAUUUUUAGUUUUUCAUUUGUUGAAAUUCUACUCAUUUGCAUUUUUUGUCCAUCUUAUUUCAAGCCAGUGCUUGAAUAACACUUACAAAUAAGCCAAAAUAAUCUUUGCAAAAUUCUAUACCUAAAAUUUUUAAAGUCUCUAAAUGUUUCACUUGUCUUUUCAUUUUAAUUAUAAUUUUGUGAAAUUUUGGUAUAAUCUUCAAACAUAAUUAAUGUAUAAUAUUGUAAAUAAACUGCAUGGCUUUUAUACAGCUUUAAUGUCAAGUGAUACAAAUUCAAAAGAAAGUAAGAUAUUCAUAAAAAUAAAAUAGGAAAUGAAAUUCAGAAACCUAUAGAAUGUGGAUAUAUUUCCAUUUACAUAUUAGAUUAGGCAUAAAAUAAAUUUUAAAUAAAAUAUUUUGAUGCUCCAUUUUUUUAAUAUUGCUUUUCAUACUAAAAAUUGUGAAGACACUUUUCAUAACUAUUAGGUACCCAAAUUAUCAAUUUUAUGGAUGCUUUGAGGUAGAAAUUUCUUUGGUUAAAAUUAUCCAAGAAAUCCUGUCAUUGAAUGAAAGUGGCUAUAUCAAAAUGAAAUCUAUAUCAUGCUUUUAAAUAUUUAAUCACUUUGCACAUAACAUGGAUAUCAUGCCUCUAGCAGUUACAUUUUUAAGGUUUUCUAUUUUUGGUUUGAAUUUUAUUUAAAAUUGUUUUCAACUGUAAAUUAUUGACUUAUUCACUUUGUUGUUUUAUGCUUUCAAUACCACUUACCAACUGGGCUUUUUGCCUUUUUACUUACUAAGGUCUAAAUACCUUUUAAAUACAUACCAUUGAGUGUAGGGACUGACUAUGCUAUUCAAAAAAAGGGGGAGGGGGUGGCUUGAUUAGUAUCUUUCUGUUGCCUCCUUACAGGAAUAAGGCUCCCCUGGCCACCUCCCCCAAAAUGUCUAACUUAAGUCUGAAACAUAAUUAUUAAACAGUCUGACUCAAUUCUGAAA